CACCCGUCAAAUUUGCGCUAGAGAAGCAUUUAAUAACUAUCUUGGGCUCCCCUCACCUUCCAGCAAAAAGUCAUUCUUUCACUGUUCUUCUGUGAGUGUUUCAAGUUUGACGAAGCACACACCUUUUCUUUUUUCUUUCUGGAAACCUUCUGAUAUCAACUUUGGUCUGGGGUUGAACGCAAAAUGGCGAAACUUAUCUGCGUGGUCGGUGUCACUGGAAACCAAGGCGGGUCCGUCGCCGAAAGAUUCUCCAAGGAUCCAAACUACCGGGUUCGCGGGCUUACCCGUAACCCUGAUUCACCCGCUGCCCAAAAGUUGGCCUCCCAGGGCGUCGAAAUUGUCAAAGCAAACUUGGACGAUGCGAGCACGCUUAUUCCCGCAUUCGCCGGCGCAAACGUCAUCUUUAGUGUAACGAAUUACUGGGAACCCUUCUUCCGACCUGACUGUCGCCAACGUGCUGCCGAAAAGGGGAUUUCCUGUCGUAAAUACGCCUACGACGUCGAGUAUGGGCAAGGCAAGAAUAUCGCGGAUGCUGCUGCUGCGACGGUUGAUAGUUUAGAUGAAAAUGGCUUCAUUGUCUCGACGUUGAGCCAUGGGGGAAAGUGUAGCAAAGGGAAGUUCAAUGAGCUGUAUCACUUUGAUGCUAAAGCGGAUAUUUUCCCAUAUUACGUGAAUGAGAAGUAUCCGGAUCUCGCGAAGAAGAUGUCAUGCGUGCAGACGGGAUAUUUCACGUCUAGCUAUAAGCUCGCCCCCGAAUCAUAUCUCAAAAAGAUGUCUGAUGGGAGCUUUAGGAUGUACUUCCCCACAUCUCCCAAUAUGCCAGUACCUCAUCUCGCUGUUAAUGAAGAUCUCGGCAACUUCGUCUAUGCUGUAUCCAAGAUGCCUGCCGGAAAGAGUUACUUGGCGGCUGGGUCGAUCUGCAGCUGGAGCGAAUACAUGCGCACAUGGAGCCUAGUCAACGGCCUCCCUGCGAGCUAUGAACAAGCCACUAUUGAACAAGUCAUAGAGGCUGCUCCAGACAAAGAGUUUGGAAGGGAGGUUGCUGAUAUGUUUGCAUAUUCAUCCGAUCCAGGAUACGAUGGUGGUGAUCAGACAUUGUUGAAGGCGGAGGAUCUUCGAGCCGCUGGUAUCGAGUGUCCAAUGACGACUUUGGAGGAGUGGAUGAAGAAGGAGGAUUGGUCCGCAGUCCUUGCUGCUUAG